AUGUGGAAUCAAUAUUACUCGGCUAGUGUGAAAGUUCCUAUCGUAAGACAACAUAAACAUGGAACAAUGGUUAUUGCUCUGCCGCUUGCUGCUGCCGUUUCUUUGCCAGAUUAUUUUGCACUUUGCUGUGAUGUUCAUUCGAAUCCUGGACCUAUAUGUCGACAACACACUCAUGACGAAAGAAACAGUAUUCCCGUCAGAAUAUCUGGCAGAGAAGCGAGAAAUAAAAUGGUUUUUCGUCAACAAAAGCAUUUUCAAACUUGCACGGCUUUGCAUACAAACAAUUAUUCAAAUUCUAUAUGGUCAAUUAACCAUUACCAUGCGAGAAAUGCAACGAACCUUAUCAAUGUAAAAGUCAAUAAGUCUUUCUCGAAUUUUUCCUCGAAGAUACGAUUUGCAACUUGGAACGCUCACUCGCUCAACAAAAAGUCAGCGACGGUUUGUGACAUAAUAAUUUCUAAGCGACUGGAUAUAUUGGCCAUUACUGAAUCUUGGUUAUCUGGCGACUAUCAUAAUAAUAACACUAUAGCAGAAAUUCUAAACACUCUAAAUGACUUUAAUUUCUAUCAUGUCCCCCGGGUGAAUAGAACUGGCGGUGGCGUGGGCGUCUUCUUACGAAAGGGUUUUACAGUUUUGAAGAAUGAAUGGCAACCGUUCUCUUCAAUGGAAUGUAUGGAUUUAUUCAUCAGUACUGGCGGCUCAUCUAUUAGACUGAUUACUAUUUACAGACCUCCUCAAUCGAAAAAAAACCGAGCGACUCCUUCCACCUUUUUUCAGGAAUUUUCAUCCCUCCUAGUAGUUGUCUUACUAACUCCUGGGUAUCUGUUACUAAAUGGUGAUUUCAAUUUUCACAUGGAAUUACAAAAUGACGCUCAUGCAUCAACUUUCAGAGAGCUUUUACAGUCUGCUGGCCUAAGACACCAUGUUACGAAAACCACCCAUCGUAGUGGACAUACUUUAGAUCUUAUCAUUGAUCGCCAAGAAAGCAAAAUAAUAUCAAAUGUAUAUACAGUGACAGAUCUUCCAUCUGACCAUAAUGCUGUGCUGUGUUCUAUCGCGCUCGAAAGACCUAAAGCAUCUAAAUCACAUUUCAAGUAUAAGCUGAUAUUUUGCUGUAAAAGCUGAUAUUUUGAAUUCUUCUCUUCAUUCACAGACGCCCAAAACCGCCAAUGCCGAUGUGAAUCAUCUUACGAAGGAAUACAACUCUAUUUUGCAGGAAGUUAUCAACAGACAUGCGCCGGAAGUAUCUCGUUCGAUCUUUUUGCGUCCCAACGCGCCGUGGUUUAACGAUUCGUUGAGAGCACUAAAAAGAGAGAAACGCAAGUGUGAGCGUAAAUACCUUACUACAGGACUUGAGAUACAUCGUCAAAUUUUUAGAGAUAAAUGUCGGACAUACACCACGACACUAAAUUCCGUAAAGCUGGAUUAUUACAGAGCACAGAUAAAGAAUGCUGAUCAGAACAAGUUAUUUAGCAUGGUGGACAACCUGUUUAAAGUAAAACAAGCUUAUACGCUGCCUAGUCUUCCUGCAAAUCAAUCUCUGCAGUGUGUGGCGAAUGGUUUCAGUGAUUUUUUUUCCUCCAAAACUCUAGCUCUGAGGAACAAUUUACAGAAUUCUGGUUUACCAUUGCUGGAGAUGUCUGUUACUAUUGAUUGCGUUCAAUGUGAUGUUUCUUUUACUGAAUUCUCGAAAGUAUCAGAGAGUUAUGUUAAAAACAUUAUUAAACAAUCCAAACCUAAGUCCUGCAUGCUUGAUCCAGGACCUACGAAUAUUAUAAAGCAAUUGGUCGAUAUUCUGGCAGGUCCACUCACCCGAAUUAUAAACACUUCGCUCACGUCUGGGAUUUUUCCAUCAUCCUUGAAGAAAGGUGUUAUUCUUCCAUCUUUCAAGAGACCUGAACUUGAUUUUAAUAUGUAUUCGAGCUAUCGUCCAAUCACAAAUGUUGCUUUCCUAUCCAAAACCCUUGAACGAGUAGUUUCUACCCAAAUACCCCAAUAACCACCUUCUUGCUAAGCCACAGUCUGCAUAUCGAAGUUUCUACAGCACUGAGACUGCUCUUCUUCGUGUUUUUAAUGAUGUCUUGUAUGCCAUUGACGAUCACCAAGAAGUAGUCUUGGUCCUUCUCGAUUUAUCUUCAGCAUUUGAUACCAUUGAUCACACGUUGUUGUUGGAAAGACUUAGUCACCGUUACGGAAUAAAUGGCACAGUGCUUGAAUGGUUCAAGUCCUAUCUUCUGGAUCGUACUCAAUCUGUAAAAGUCAAAGAUGCUUUAUCGAAUGAUAAGAAGCUACUGUUUGGCAUCCCCCAGGGAUCAGUUUUGGGACCAAUCUUCUUUUUCUUAUUUUUUGUACCAAUGGAAGAUGUCAUCACCGCCCAUGGUUUAAGCUGCAUGAUUUAUGCUGACGACUCCCAGCCCUAUGUAAUUCUUGAUCCCAAGAAAAAUCGAGAUGCUAUGCUUUCUAAGAUUGAGUUAUGUAUAAAAGAUAUUCUCAUUUGGUGUGCAAAAAAUGGUCUUACUUGUGAUCCUGACAAGACUAAAGUUCUCCAUCUCACGUCUCGGUUCACCAAGGAUUAUGAAGUACCCCUUAAGAUAAAUGUGAAUGACAAUAUUAUUUCUUCUUCACCAAAUGCACGUGAUCUUGGAGUUACAGUUGAUUUCCAUCUUAAAAUGACGACCCAUGUCAAUAAUGUUUCCAAAUCUGCAUUCUUUGCACUAAGAAACAUUGGUAAGAUCCGAAGAUAUAUUAACCAGAACGACUGCGAAAAAUUGGUACAUGCUUUCAUCACAUCAAAGCUUGAUUCCUGUAAUAGUAUUCUGUUUGGGCUACCAGCUGUAGAAAUUGACAAACUACAACGUGUACAGAACGCUGCUGCAAGACUUGUAGUCGGAGGAAAAAAAUAUGAUCACGUCACCCCGAUAUUGAAACAGCUUCAUUGGCUGCCUAUAAGGGCAAGAAUAGAUUUUAAGAUUCUGCUUAUUACUUACAAGGCCCUUAAUAACCAAGCACCGGACUAUAUAACAGAACUUUUAGAUAUUUAUAGGCCUAAGCGUACUUUGAGAUCAACAUCACAGAAUUUAUUAGUUGUUCCGAAAUCGAACACCAAGACGUAUGGUGAGAGAACAUUCCAAGUGAGUGCUCCUAAGCUAUGGAACUCUCUACCUGAUUACAUUCGUCUCUCAAGUUCAUUAGGUAUUUUUAAAGGCUUAGUAAAGACACAUCUUUUUAGGAAAUACUUUGACUAG